CCUCGCAUGACAAAGGAGGCCCUGAAACAACUCUGCAAACAGCACAAACUCUACCAAACGCCCUACCUGAACGACAUCCUCUACCUACAUUUCAAAGGUUACUCAAAGAUCGAGAAUUUAGAGGAGUACACGGGUUUGAAAUGUUUGUUUCUGGAGAGCAAUGGUUUGUUAGAAAUAUCUGGCUUGGAGAAUCAAAAGGAACUUCGCUGCCUCUACAUACAACAAAAUUUGAUCGACAGGAUUGAGAAUUUAGAGCACUGCACGAAGCUCACUAACUUGAAUUUAUCUCAAAAUCGCAUCACCACGAUAGAAAAUCUCAGCUGUCUGCCAGAGUUGAGCAGUUUAAUGAUGACAAACAACUACUUGGAGACCAGCGAUGAUAUCGAGCAUCUAAUCGAUUGCCCGAAUAUUUCGGUACUCGAUCUUUCGCACAAUCGAAUCGACGAUACCGACAUUGUGCACAUCCUCAAACGGAUGAAAAACUUGGCCGUACUAACGCUAACAGGCAACCCGGUUAUCAGAAAAAUUGACAAUUACCGAAAAACAUUAAUCGUACACUUGCCGAAUCUGAAACACCUCGACGAUCGGCCGGUGUUCCCGCAAGAGAGGGCUUGCACCGAAGCCUGGGCCAAAGGGGGGAGAGAUGCUGAGAAGAAAGAGAGAGAAAGAUGGCAGGAGAUGGAGAGAGAGAAGAUAAGAAAAAGUGUGAGUGCUCUGUGGUCUCUGAGAGAUGAGGCGAGAAUUAAGAGAGAG